GCUGUGCUCGCGGCAUGGAGGCGCUGGGGCAGCGGCAUCGCUCUCUCUACAAGGGGGCCGCAGCCCCGCCCUGGAAGGAGACCUACCGCCGGCGCUGUGUGGAGAGACUUAAAAACAGUCGUGCCAAGCUGCUGGAUCGAUACCGCCAGGCUGGGGAGAAAGUGCAUUGCAAUGCAAGGGCUGCUCUUCUCGUGCAGGAGGUGAUGGAGGAGGAGUGGCAGGCCUUGCAGUCAGUGAACGUGAGCCUGCCCUCCCUCAGGAGAAAGGAGGCGCUGUCACAGGUGUUGGAGGACCCUGAUGAACUAGCAGUACUGGAGGAAAUCCAACAAGAGUUGAUCUCACAAGAACAGUUGACAAUAGAAGAAUAUGAACGGAGUCUGCAGUUUGACCAGGAGUGCCUCAAUGCAAUGCUUGACAGCUUGGACGCAGGCAACAAGAUUAUCUGUCCAGUGUGUAAAAGGAAUAACCUGACUGUGAUGAGUCAUUUGGUUUUAUGCCAGUGUGGAUUAUACAUCAGCACACAGGGCAUGACAGAACAGAAGCUCCGGUCACUUCUAGAAGACAGUGUAACAGAACAUGGUCAUCAGUGUCUUCACAAUCCUGAGUUCUCCAUCACUAGUGGAAUGGAGGGAGAAGCCAAUCUUCUCAUGAGCUGUCCGGUCUGUGACUCUUGGACAGUUCUCAUAUAACUACAACCCUGCUGGGUUUUCUCCAUGGAAAGAAUACACUAGUAAGAUCCUUCUUUCAGCCUCUAAGCAACUUGGAUGGCAUCCUGCACAUCUUUUCUUUUUAUAUUUAACUGUAUAUAAUGUUUUUGUACUUUAAUACUGGAUAUCAAGCAAUAUUGGCUUAAUCUGCACUUUUGAUAGCUAAAUAAAUAUUUGAAAUGAGAUGUGGCUAUUCACAUAAAUGAGACAAGCCUCCCAGAAUCUUGAAUUCAGCACAAGCCUUCUCAUAACUUACUGCUGCCUCUCUGGCUUUUCAUUCAUUUCCUGUUCUGCAGCAAGAACAGCUGGGGCUCUGCCUGUCUCAGCUUGUGUAGUUACACAUGACUUACUCUAGAGCAGGAGGUGCCUGCUCCAGGGUUGAUGAUGGAAAAUUUCAGUUGUGAAAUGUAAGUGAACAUACACCAAGACCAAAGGUACCAUUUUAAACAAACUGGCACUUACAAAAAUUACAUUAAAAAGUCUUCCCUCUCACUGGAUCUAAUGUCCCCAUCAUUGCUACUACAGCUUAACCCCUGACCUUUAUCACAGGAAAAAGACUAAUACAUACCAAGUCUAAACAGUAAAAGUAUGUACCAUUGAAUAGGAAGCAUGAUACAGUGCAUCUUUAUUUGCAACCUUGAGCCAGACACAAGCUAUGACUAGUAUGCAGUGACAAAUGUGAAAUGUAAAAACUCAUCCAUCACUUCCUUUUGACUGUAGAGGGUAGUUGUUUGAAGUAAGUUAUGAUAUAGUAGUGCCCUUUAAAUCAGCCUGACCUCUUUAUCAGAGUAGGGCAGUCACAGCUCAGCUGUUUUCAGAAUCACUGAUGUGAUGGAUACAUGCUGCUGAGGAAUAUGUCUGGCCAUUCCAAAUAAAGACCACUGUAGCUCUGAUUGGGUGCUGAGUGAGUGAGCUAAACAGCUGGUCUAUAUAAGAACUCAUACUGGUACAGCUGAUUGAGUGGCCAACAGGGUUAUAAAAAGCCCAACCCCAUGAUAGUGGGUUCCUAUGUUUAUUUAACUUGUAUUAAACAAUGUAGUUGAAAGAUUAGAUACUAGAAAUGUUACAUUUCAAUUUUAACCUGUAAAGGAAAACAAACUGAUAAAAUGUUAAGUAACCAGAUAAAAAGGGUAGUGGUGCUCUGAAAUACUACAAGAGUUAAUCCAUACAUGCUUAACUUUACCCAAUAUGAGCUGGGCCUUCCAAGUUGUCAGGAACUCAACCUAGUCCCUGUGAUCAGAAUUUCCUUUCAAUGGUGCAGUCAAAUUAAUCCAGCAAGCCUAGUUUUACUAUAUCAUAGUUGGCAUCAGUGGAUUCUAAAUAUUUAUCCAAAAAUGAGGAAUAGGGGCAAGGGAGCGGCAUCUUCACAGUGCAUAAGUCUGCCUGCAAGAUUUGUCAUGCAGGUAUCUAACCAUGAGGAAGUGGCCUGAGAAACCAACUCCUACAAGAUGAAAGUCAGUGUUGGCAGCUCUGUCAUCAGUCUGGAUAAGAUCUGAACUAUUCAUUUAGAAACAAUAUGCUUCCUCUCCUGCCUCCAAUCACCUUCUAUGUUGAGGCAAAUUAAUUUAACAGUCUAAUAUCUUAUAUGCCACCACAAAUAAAAUGCAGUCUGAAUUUUAAGAACUCAGCUUCCCCAUGACCCGCCGAAAGGCAUCUAUGACUUCUACCUAAGUAUUUGCCUCUGACCAAUUUACAGCACUUCUUAACCAGCAACAGUAAA